CACUCACCCAGCAUCAAGUCAGACAAGCUGGAAAAGGGAGACCUCGAGGGUGGGACGUCUGCCUGAAUGACCCAGGAUGAGAGCGCCUCAUCGGGGAGUCUCUAUGCUUCACUGCUCCGCAGCGAUGAUCGCAAAGUCGUAAGAAAGCUCGAGCGGGAUCCUUGGAAUCGCCUGCGUAGCAUCGCAGAAGACUCUCAAUGGGUACUCCGAGUGGCCGAGGCGCUGCCUGAGCUUCCCAUCAUCGCGAAUCUGCGGUGCGGAGCGUGGUACCUCAGCCCCGAACUUCCGCAGAUCUCGAGAGCGAGUACCUAUUGCUACUUCAAGUCGACCGAUGGCCACGCCGGCGAAUGGAGCUUCAGUCUCAAGAGGCCCAAUCUUGACGUCGUGCGGCUGAUUCAACAGCGAGGCGGUGUCAUCAUCACCGACUCCACACGGAGGGGCAAGUCGCUUCCAGAUGCCCUCAGCAAGACGAUUCCCAUUUGGUGUGCCGUCUUGAAUGAGGCUUCAAGGCGGCGGUACAGUUCCCCGGCUCACCACCAGAGCUUCUUGAGGACGCCUGCACACCAAGUCCCGCCCAGUGAGCACGCACAGAUAGAGGCGAGGAUAGGCGCGUGGGUCGAAGCUGUCUUGGCUUCGGACUUGCCUGUCCCUCACUUGACUCGCCCUUUGGUACCGUUCUUUCUUACCCGACCACGGUAUAGCUUCGCAGAUGACUGUCACCCAGUCGUUGUCCUCUCUGCCUCGCGGCGAGUCGAUCUGCCCACGCCAGACCCCACUGGCACCUACUACUACACACAAGGCAGUGGUGAUGACGAGGAGCUUUGGUCGUUUGGUCUGACCCCAGAGCUCUUCUGGGACCGGGUAAAUCACCAGAGACUGCUUCAAUCGACGCGGCAAGACCUACCGAGAGUGAUAGAGGAAGUGGUCAGGUCGUCAAAGUUGAUAGAAGCGGAAGACAACCAGACGCCUAAGGUGGAUGAUGCAGAGGCGUCCUCCGGAUCCGUGUGCGACGUAGCUAUAGGUGCGACGGGACUCUUCUGCGGUCGGAGACAACCCACGUACGCCUUCACAGCCAAGGAGAAGGCAUUCUUCGAUCUGAUCAUUCACUGCGAUGCCGAGCAGAGCAGUGAUGACCCGGUGACCCACGAGAAGACGUGUGAACCAAAAGAGGCGCUCCUACUACGGAGAAGAAUCCCACAGGGCAAGAAGGGCCUCCGUGUCCUGCAAGAAGAGCUUCCUAGCAUCUUAACCUUCGUUCAAGUAGUCUUCAUCGGCAGCGCUUCGUCCACCUCUAGCCCUCGGAUCCUCAUUGUCGACUCUACACAAAAGGAUCUCUGCCUCUCUGUACUCAUUGCCAUACUCUCGCUCUACUACAACUCUCCGACUCAACCGCCUCUGCGAACACUCGAAGAGGUCGAACAUCAGAAGCAAAGUCUGACCAAGGACGAUGUCAGGAGAAGGCUGCAGUGGGUGGUUGGGUCUAUACCACAGGCCAAUCCUUCACGAUCGCAUCUGCUGCGGGUGAAUGAGGUCUUGAUGGGG